UUUACAGACAUAGAGCCCUUUUCUCUCCGUGUGCUAAAACACCGAAUUCUCUCUCCCUCCCUCGCUCUCUUCCUCCUUCCCCUCCGUCUCUGAGCUCGGAUCACCUGGAUCGCUAGGUUUGUCCAACUCUGAUCUCGGCCGGAGCUCUGCGAAAAUGCCUCUCAGACUGGAAAUCAAGAGAAAACUCGCUCAAAGAUCAGAGAGAGUAAAAUCUGUGGAUCUGCAUCCAACAGAACCAUGGAUUUUGGCAAGUUUAUAUUCAGGAACUGUGUGUAUUUGGAACUACCAGACGCAGACCUUGGCUAAGUCUUUUGAGGUCACAGAGUUACCAGUUAGGUCAGCCAAAUUUAUUGCUCGCAAGCAAUGGGUUGUUGCCGGAGCUGAUGACAUGUUCAUUCGUGUAUACAAUUACAAUACAAUGGAUAAGGUUAAAGUAUUUGAGGCACAUACUGACUACAUUAGAUGUGUGGCUGUUCAUCCUACACUCCCGUAUGUGCUGUCAUCAUCCGAUGAUAUGCUUAUCAAGCUCUGGGAUUGGGACAAGGGUUGGGUUUGUACUCAGAUAUUUGAAGGACACUCCCAUUAUGUGAUGCAAGUGACAUUUAAUCCGAAAGAUACCAACACAUUUGCAAGUGCAUCUCUUGAUCGCACCAUAAAGAUAUGGAAUCUAGGCUCCCCAGACCCAAAUUUUACAUUGGAUGCCCAUCAGAAAGGAGUUAAUUGUGUCGAUUACUUUACGGGUGGUGAUAGGCCUUAUCUAAUUACUGGAUCUGAUGAUCACACUGCUAAGGUGUGGGACUAUCAAACCAAAAGUUGUGUCCAGACACUUGAUGGCCAUACACACAAUGUUUCUGCUGUAUGUUUCCAUCCUGAGCUUCCUAUAAUAAUAACAGGGUCUGAGGAUGGAACAGUUCGAAUAUGGCAUUCAACCACUUACAGGCUUGAGAAUACAUUGAAUUAUGGGCUUGAAAGAGUUUGGGCUAUUGGAUACAUGAAGAGCUCAAGGCGGGUUGUACUUGGUUAUGACGAAGGAACAAUUAUGGUAAAACUGGGCCGUGAAGUACCUGUGGCAAGUAUGGACAAUAGUGGAAAGAUCAUUUGGGCUAAGCAUAAUGAAAUUCAAACUGUGAACAUUAAGAGUGUGGGAGCUGAUUUCGAGGUUACUGAUGGAGAGAGAUUGCCUUUGGCUGUUAAGGAGUUGGGCACAUGUGAUCUUUACCCUCAGAGCUUAAGGCAUAAUCCCAAUGGGAGGUUUGUUGUUGUUUGUGGAGAUGGAGAGUACAUUAUAUAUACUGCUUUGGCCUGGAGAAAUCGUUCAUUUGGUUCUGCUUUGGAAUUUGCUUGGUCAACUGAUGGAGAAUACGCUGUUAGAGAGAGUACUUCAAAGAUUAAGAUUUUCACUAAAAACUUCCAGGAGAAGAGGAGUAUUCGACCUACAUUUUCGGCUGAACAUAUUUACGGGGGAAUUUUACUGGCAAUGUGCUCAAAUGACUUUAUUUGCUUUUAUGAUUGGGCUGAAUGUAGGUUGAUUCGCCGAAUUGAUGUAACUGUUAAAAAUCUCUAUUGGGCUGAUAGUGGUGAUUUAGUGGCUGUUGCCAGUGAUACAUCAUUCUACAUCUUGAAAUACAAUCGGGACGUAGUCUCUUCUUACUUAGAUAGCGGAACACCUGUAGAUGAACAAGGUGUUGAAGAUGCUUUUGAGCUUCUUCAUGAAAUGAAUGAACGUGUCAGGACUGGUUUAUGGGUUGGGGAUUGUUUCAUUUACAACAACUCCUCUUGGAGGCUUAAUUACUGUGUUGGUGGCGAGGUAACCACAAUGUUUCAUUUAGACCGACCAAUGUACUUGUUGGGUUAUCUUGCCAAUCAAAGUCGGGUGUUUCUAAUAGACAAAGAGUUCAAUGUAAUGGGAUACACACUACUUCUGAGUUUGAUUGAAUAUAAGACUCUUGUAAUGCGCGGAGACAUUGAAAGGGCCAAUGAAGUUUUGCCUUCAAUUCCUAAAGAGCACCAUAACAGUGUGGCUCGUUUCUUGGAAUCACGAGGUAUGAUAGAGGAAGCACUUGAAGUGGCUACCGAUCCUGAUUACAGAUUUGAACUAGCCAUACAGCUUGGUAGAUUAGAAAUUGCGAAGGAAAUUGCCACUGAGGUGCAAAGUGAGUCUAAAUGGAAGCAGUUAGGUGAAUUGGCUAUGUCUGCUGGAAGCUUAGACAUGGCCGAGGAAUGUUUAAAGUAUGCCAUGGACUUGAGUGGUUUAUUAUUGCUCUAUUCUUCUCUUGGAGAUGUUGAAGGAAUAUCAAAACUUGCAUCCCUUGCUAAAGAACAAGGGAAGAAUAAUGUUGCAUACCUUUGUUUAUUCAUGUUGGGUCGAUUGGAAGAGUGCCUUGAUUUACUGGUGGAAAGCAAUCGGAUACCUGAGGCUGCUUUGAUGGCUCGAUCAUAUAUUCCAGGCAAGGUUUCCGAGAUAGUAGCUAUUUGGAGAAAAGACCUGAGCAAGGUUAAUCCGAAAGCUGCUGAGUCUUUGGCUGAUCCUGAAGAAUAUCCCAAUUUGUUUGAUGAUUGGCAAGUUGCCCUUUCUGUUGAAUCGAAAGCUGCAGAGACAAGGGGUGUUUACCCUCCCGCAGAGGAGUACGUAAACCAUGUUGAUAAAGCACACAUCACCCUUGUGGAGGCUUUCAGGAAUAUGCAAUCGGAUGAAGAGCUUCUUGAAAAUGGGGAAGCAAAUCAUGGGGUUUCUGAACAGGACAGUGAAGAAAAUGGGGAACGGGCUGCUGAAGAACAUGAUGGAGAAGAAGGUAGCCAGGAGGAGGCUGUUGUGGUGGAUGCUGAUUCUACGGAUGCUGUACUCAUCAACGGGAGCGAGGCUGACGAAGAGUGGGGUACGAAUAAUGAAGGACCCUCGUCAGCCUAAAAAGCUAUUGGUUGGGCCAGUGUGAAAAUCCAAUUUUGUCUCUGUGCUUACACCACACCACUAGGUCCUUAUGAAGACUGCCGGUCCAGCUGUAUGGAUCCUUUACAGAGGUGAGAAAAGAUUCAUAUAUACUCGGGAUAUGCCAUCAGAUUUUUAUAAUAAUCAUAGUUUCCCUUCUAUAAGGGAUGGGCUGGUGUUAUGGAUGGGUUAUGUUCGGCAAGUUGCAGAUUAAAUUUCUUCACAUUUUUACCCAGUAUUCAGGAGCCAUUCACGGCACGCUGCUCUUUUCCAUGCAAUGUCAGCCAUAAAACUGACGUGUUGUAGGAAAAUUUAAUUUAUUAGUUUCACCGAUCAAGUGUGUGAAGAUUAUUCGAAUACACUUGUGCUGUGUGUUUCGUACGCAUUCUUGUUUCUGAUGCUAGGGUAAGAAUUGAAACAGCUCCAUUUUUAUUUGAAAUAACUUCGUAGCACCGACUUCAUAUGAAAAAGCUGUUGCGUUUUGUAAUAAUUGUCCCGAUGUGUUUGCUCAUUAUGGUGAUGUAUUUUUUUCUA